UAUAGCCUUUUGAAUUUGUCCCUUCCUUUUAGCUUCCACUCACAACUACCCAUCAUCAUUAUUCAUCAUUAACAGCAACAACAAUUACCAAUUAACAAUUUUCAGUCCAACCCCAACACCAAAUCCUUCAACAAAGAUUCUAAAAACAAUCUAGGGUUCCAAUUUCAAACCCUUUAAAAUUAUGCCCUUUUGAAAUGGUCCCUUUCCUUUCGAGUUAUCACAAUCCCACAAACACACAUACACAACACCCACCACCCAUCAUCAUUAUCAUCAACAACAAAUGACAAUUUUAAAGUUGAACCCCAAAUCCUACUCCUAAUGAUCCUAAAAUAAUUUAUUAGGGUUCCAAUUUCAAACCCUUAAAAAAAAUUAGGGUUUGUAUUUCUUUCCCACUCCGACCCAUCAUCACCAACAUCAUCAAGUUUCGAUUUUGAGGGCGAAAAUGGCGACGAGAGGCACCAGAUCGGAGAAGGUUCGGAGAAUUUUCCAGCAAUUCGACGCGAAUCGUGAUGGGGGUUUGAACAGGGAAGAGAUGGCUUCGCUGGUUGGAGCGGUGAACCCUAGGGUGAAGUUCAGCGACGAACAAAUCAACGCCAUUCUCGAUGAGGUGUUCCGAACCUACGGCGAGUUCAUCGAUGGUGAAAGAGGCCUCACCUACGAGGGUCUCUUGCGAACCUACGACGACGGCGCCGGCGAUGUUGACAGGGAUUUCGACGCCCUCGGGUUGGAGCUGAACAUCGACGAUGGCGCCGCGAAAGGGUCUCUGGCGGCGGCAUCGGAGGCUUCUUCUUCGUCGAUUGUGGACGAGAGGAUGGCGGUGGAGACGCAGAAGAAGCAGAGGACGGCGGCAUGGGCGGUGUCGCCGAAUCACGGCAUCGUUUUUGAUGAGACGUGGAAGAUUGUGGAUGAUUUGGAGAUUUUGGUGAAUAGGCUUAAGUCUAAGCAAGGUAAAGAUGGAAAAUUGAAGGCUGAUAAUAACUUUGAUGCGUAUUCGGAUGCUGCUUGGUCGAGGGAAUUGGGUCCCUCGACUGAAAUUCGGGUGUUAACGGAUGAGAGUGGACCUGAUUAUGCAGUUUUUGUGAAGGAAUUGGGUGGUUUAAGAGGCAGGGCUGAUGCUGCUAGGUCAAGAGAAGAGGCUUUUGAUGGACAUAUGGCAAUUGGUAGGUUUUUGUAUGAGAAUCAGUUGUUUAAGGAUGCUUUGAUCAGUUUUAAGAGGGCUUGUGAGUUGCAACCUGUUGAUGUUAGGCCACAUUUUAGAGCUGGGAAUUGUUUGUAUAUUUUGGGAAAGUACAAGGAGGCCAAGGAAGAGUUCUUGUUGGCACUUGAAUCUGCGGAGGCUGGUGGAAACCAAUGGGCUUAUUUGCUUCCACAGAUUUAUGUCAACCUUGGCAUAGCCCUUGAAGGUGAAGGUAUGGUUUUGAGUGCCUGUGAGUACUAUAGGGAAGCUGCAAUUCUUUGUCCAACACAUUUUAGAGCAUUGAAACUUUUAGGUAGUGCACUUUUUGGCGUAGGGGAAUAUAGGGCCGCUGUGAAGGCACUGGAGGAAGCUAUUUUCAUGAAGCCUGAUUAUGCGGAUGCGCAUUGCGAUUUGGCUUCAGCUUUGCAUGCCAUGGGUGAGGAUGAGAGGGCAAUCGAGGUGUUUCAGAAAGCUAUUGAUUUAAAACCUGGUCAUGUGGAUGCUCUUUACAAUUUAGGUGGGCUUUAUAUGGACCUGGGUAGGUUUCAGAGGGCUUCUGAGAUGUAUACUAGGGUUUUAGGUGUGUGGCCAAUCCAUUGGAGGGCACAGCUGAACAAGGCGGUGUCGUUGCUUGGAGCUGGGGAGACUGAAGAAGCCAAAAGAGCCUUGAAGGAAGCAUUGAAAAUGACAAAUAGGGUUGAACUGUAUGAUGCUAUAUCGCAUUUGAAGCAGCUGCAAAAAAAGAAGACCAAAGCUAAUGUGGGUAUUCCUGGGGAAGCAGCAUUUAUUAUUGUUGAACCAUCCAAGUUUAAGAUAGUUGGAGAAAAGACUACCAUGAGGCAGGAACUGGCCAGUGCCCUACAGAUCAGAGCACUUCAGAGGGUUACUAGGUUGAGUCGUUGCAGCGUGGAGCUUUUGAAGAAGGAAAUGAGCGAACAUGAUGUGCCUGUGUCCUAUUCUGGUAGCGGAGUUCCUGAAAAAUCCAUCCGAAAGCCAAAUUUGGAAGAAAUUCUUCGCAGAUUACUUAGCUUUUUAAAGCCUGAGACAUUUCAAGGAGCUGUGAAAGCCAUAAAUGAAAGGAUUCUUUCUGUUUUAGAUGAAACUGGUUCAGGAAGGGUGGAUCUGGGAAUGUUUUAUGCUAUUCUUGCUCCUAUUUGUGGCGGUCCUCUGGAGAGACGCAAAAGGGUUGCCUUUGAUGCACUUUUAUGGCGUCCUAUGAAUGAAGACGGUGCUAAUAUUAAGAAAGUUGAUGCUACUUUAUACAUCAAGUUUUUAAGGGCUAUUUAUGUUCCUUCACAAGGGGUAAGUGAAUUAAUGGAAGUUCGCGGUGACUCAGACACUUCAAUGGUGUCUUUCUCCGAGUUUCUAGUUAUGUUUGAUGAUCCAGAUUGGGGUUUUGGUAUCAUGCCUACUCUAGUGAAGCUUGAGACAGGGGAUAGAAACCGACAUGGCAACACUGUGUGCUCAGUUUGUCGCUAUCCCAUUAUUGGUUCACGCUUUAAGGAGUUAAAAUCUCAUUUUAGUUUGUGUAAUCAAUGCUAUAGUGAGGGAAAGGUGCCUUCAACAUUUAAGCAGGAAGAGUACAGAUUUAAAGAGUAUGGAAGUGAGGGUGAAGCCAUGAAAGAUAAGUGUACGUGCUUUAAUUUGCAAUCCCGCAAUGAACAGUAGAUAGAGUGAUUCAAUUUUUGUCUUUUUUGAUUUUUUUUCGUUCUACUAUCUUGUAUUAUCCCAUCUUGUUAUUCUAGCUUUUGGGUGUGAAAAAUCUAGCUUCUGUGUUCACCUCACCUGGCAUCUUGGCCUGUUGUCUAAUAAUUGUUUCAGGUGGUGUGCUUCACUGCUUUAGUAACUGUUUAUAGAUAUUGUAAAACAUUUCACCUCUUUAGCGAAUUAACGUUUGAGUGGAU